CCCUGCUCCGACACGAGCGGCGCUGACCAUGGCCACAGCUUGGAGGCUCCUCACCUGGACCCUCACCCUCGGCCUGGCCGGGGGCACCUUCCCCGGCUUCCCCUUCCAGUCACAAGAGGAAUUCCUCUCCAGCUUGGAUCACUAUGAGAUCGCCUUCCCCAUCCAAGUGGACCAGAACGGCGAUUUCCUCACCUUCGACAUGCGCCGCCAGCUGAAGCCGCGGCCGCGGCGCUCGCUGCCCUACGAGCCCUCGGAGCAGCAGGUCUUCUACAAAGUCUCUGCCCACCACACCCAGUUCCUGCUCAACCUCACCCUGCACUCCAACCUGCUGGCCGAGCACUUCACUGUGGAGUACUGGAAGCGGGAUGGCAUGGACUGGCAGCACGACUUCCACGAGGACUGCCACUACGCCGGGCACCUGCAGGACCAGUACCUCAGCUCCAAGGUGGCCAUCAGCAACUGCAACGGGCUGCACGGAGUGAUCGUGGCAGAUGAGGAGGAAUAUUUCAUCGAGCCCCUGAGCCCUGGAGCCAACGUCAGCAUGGGGGAAGAGGGCAAGGGCAGCCCCCACGUGGUGUACAAGCGCUCGUCCCUGCAGUACCCUCACAUGGAUGCAGCCUGUGGAGUGAUGGAUGAGAAGCCCUGGAAAGGGAGGCACUGGUGGCUCAGGACACUGAAACCCUCCCCGCUGAAGCCCUCGGGCAACCACAGCCAGCGGGGGCAGCUGCCCCUGAAGAGGUCGGUGAGCACCGAGCGCUACGUGGAGACCCUGGUGGUGGCUGACAAGAUGAUGGUGGGCUACCAUGGCCGCAGGGACAUCGAGCAGUACAUCCUGGCCAUCAUGAAUAUUGUUGCCAAACUUUUCCAGGACUCGAGUCUGGGCAAUAUUGUCAAUAUCCUGGUCACCAGGCUGAUCCUGCUCACCGAAGAUCAGCCCACGCUGGAGAUCAACCACCACGCCGGGAAAUCCCUGGACAGCUUCUGCAAGUGGCAGAAAUCCAUCGUGAACAGGAACGGCAACGGGAACGCCAUCCCGGAGAACGGCAUCGCCAACCAUGACACCGCCGUGCUCAUCACCCGGUACGACAUUUGCAUCUACAAGAACAAGCCCUGUGGCACCCUGGGCCUGGCCCCCGUGGGGGGGAUGUGUGAGCGGGAGAGGAGCUGCAGCAUCAACGAGGACAUCGGGCUGGCCACGGCCUUCACCAUCGCCCACGAGAUCGGCCACACGUUCGGCAUGAACCACGACGGGGUCGGCAACAGCUGCGGCUCGCGGGGGCAGGAGACGGCCAAGCUGAUGGCUGCCCACAUCACCAUGAAGACCAACCCCUUCGUGUGGUCCACCUGCAGCAGGGAUUACAUCACCAGCUUCCUGGACUCGGGGAUGGGACUGUGCCUGAACAACGCUCCUCCCAAGCAGGAUUUCAUCUACCCCACGGUGGCCCCGGGCCAGGCCUACGAUGCCGACGAGCAGUGCCGCUUCCAGUACGGAGUCAAAUCCCGCCAGUGUAAAUACGGGGAAGUCUGCAGCGAACUCUGGUGUCUGAGCAAAAGCAACCGCUGCAUCACCAACAGCAUCCCCGCAGCCGAGGGCACCAUCUGCCAAACCAACACCAUCGACAAGGGGUGGUGCUACAAGAGGGAGUGUGUGCCCUUCGGGACGCGGCCGGAGGGCGUGGACGGAGCCUGGGGCUCGUGGUCAUCGUGGGGCGAGUGCAGCCGGACGUGCGGUGGCGGCGUCUCCUCGUCCGUGCGCCACUGCGACAGCCCCAGGCCCACCAUUGGAGGGAAGUACUGCCUAGGAGAGAGGAAACGCUACCGCUCCUGCAACACUGAUGACUGCCCGCCGGGCUCGCAGGAUUUCCGAGAGCUGCAGUGCGCCGAGUUCGACAGCGUGCCCUUCCGAGGGAAGUACUACACUUGGAAAACCUACCGGGGAGGGGGUGUCAAGGCGUGCUCCCUCAACUGCCUGGCCGAGGGCUUCAACUUCUACACGGAGAGAGCGGCGGCCGUGGUGGAUGGAACCCCGUGCAGGCAGGACUCCAACGACAUCUGCGUCAACGGGGAGUGCAAGCACGUGGGCUGUGACCGGGUGCUGGGCUCUGACUCCAAGGAGGACAAGUGCCGGGUGUGUGGGGGAGAUGGCAGCUCCUGCGAGACCAUCGAGGGCGUCUUCAACCACUCCCUGCCCGAGGGAGGUUAUGAGGAGGUGAUCCAGAUCCCCAAGGGCUCUGUGCACAUCGACAUCCGGGAGCUGAACCUCUCCAUCAACUACCUGGCGCUGCGAGGGGACAGUGGGGAAUAUUUCAUCAACGGGAAGCUCUCCAUCGAUCCCCCCCGGCGCUUCGACAUCGCCGGCACCACCUUCCACUACAGGAGGUCCCCUGAGGAGCCCGAGUCGCUGGAGGCUUUGGGACCCACCAACAUCACCCUCUUUGUCAUGGUGCUGGUGAGGACAGAGCUGCAGGGGAUCCGAUACAAGUUCAACGCUCCCGUGGGCAGGGACGGCUCCAGCCUCUACUCCUGGCACUACACGCCAUGGACCAAGUGCUCCGUGCUGUGUGCAGGGGGCAGCCAGAUCCAGUCUGUGGUGUGCAGGAAGCUCUCUGAUGGCUCAACUGUCCCCAACCACUUCUGCAGUGCUGACACCAAAGUGCCCGAGCGACAGAGGAGCUGCAACACCGAGCCCUGUCCCCCUGCCUGGGCCAUUGGGAACUGGUCCGAGUGCAGCCGCAGCUGCAACGAGGGCGUCCGGACCCGCAGCGUGUUCUGCAAGAGGAAAAUCUCUGCCAGCGAGGAGAAAACCCUGGACGAUGCCUCCUGCCCCCAGCCACGGCCCAAGAUGCUGGAGCCCUGCAACAACCAAACGUGUCCUCCUGAGUGGGUGGCCCUGGACUGGUCAGAGUGCACCCCGAGCUGCGGGCCCGGCUUCCGCCACCGCAUCGUGCUGUGCAAGAGCGGCGACCACAGCGUCACCCUGCCCACCUCCCAGUGCCACGAGGCCACCAAGCCUCCCACCAGCAUGAGGUGCAACCUGCGGCGCUGCCCCCCGCCCCGCUGGGUCACCGGCGAGUGGGGAGAGUGCUCUGCCCAGUGUGGCCUGGGCCAGCAGAGGAGAUCCGUCCAGUGCCUGGCGCACACCGGGCAGCCGUCCAUGGAGUGCGUGGAGGCCCUGCAGCCCCCCGGCAUGCAGCAGUGCGAGACCAAGUGCGAGUCGGGGCCCACGGACAACCCUGAAGAGUGCAAGGAUGUGAACAAGGUGGCCUACUGCCCGCUGGUCCUCAAGUUCAAGUUCUGCAGCCGGACCUACUUCCGACAGAUGUGCUGUAAAACCUGCCAGGGCCACUAGGACACAGCGGGACCCCCGUGGCAAAACUGGAAGGCCAAAGCUUCACUGGAGGGCCCUGCCCUGCCCGGGAACCUCCCCUGGCUCCCGCACAGACUCCGGUCACGCUCCCACGGGCGUCACCCAACCCGUCCCCCACAGACCCCCUUGGCCCCCCGAGCUUGACAGAGGCAGGAUCCCAGUUCAACCACUGCAGCCCCAGCUGGAUGAGCGCUGGGAGAGGGGGGAGCUGGGCAGAGCAGGGACUUUACUUGAAAUUCUGAUGUUGUUAUUUAUUCGUAGCGGAGCCAGGUCCCGCUGGGGGAGGCGGCACCGCUCGCCCCGCUCCUGCCUCAUCCUGCUCCGUGUGCCCAGGGCACCAUCACGGGGCUGGGGCACUCCAGGGGCUGCUGCCCUUCCCUCGGGACCCCAGGGGAGCCAGGGAGGAGGGUUCAGGUGCCUGGGGUGGCCAGCGUGGCUUGUGGCUCCUGGGUGAUGGGUGGGGAGGAGCUGCUGUGGGGAGUGGGGCUGGAGCAGGGAUUUUGUCCCUUGGUUUGCACCCUGUCACCUCGGGACUGGGAUCAGGCCACCCCAUGAGCUGAGGGGGCUCUGCAAACUCCCAUAGCCACCAGCUUGGAUUGGGCUGUUCCCCUGUUUGCCCUUGUCACUUUUAGGACCAGAUUUUAGCCCUGAGCUGGGGGCAGAGGUGUGCUGGGGGCUGUAUGGGCAUCCAGGCUGUGCCAGGCUCAGGGAGAGCAGCACAGGAGGGUGCAGGACAAGGAUGGGCCUGGCACAGUGUCCCCAGGGCCUGGCACCCCAGAGACAGCCUCAGCCUCACUUCCAAAGGUGCUUGACUUCCAAAGGUGCUUUGCCUCCAAAAGGUGCUUUGCCUCCAAAGGCAGGUGGUGCC